UGUUUUGGUGACGGCGUGCAGAGUCUGCCCUUGAAUUCCGCGAUCUGAGAAUCCUGACAACCAUCAUCCUGCACUCUUUCGACCGACACAGACGCGGCGGCAGCGCUUUCAGGGGAAAUGCAUCUGCUCUAACCAGCUCUUGGGCUUCUAUCAAUUACAGAGGAAUCUCUUCCAGAGCCACAAGUUGCGAACACCGCGUCCAACACGAACAUCGCGCUAUCAGCACACAACAUACACACGCUUAAAGUCCGCCAGCCAUGGCUUCCUCAGCAGGCGAUAUGUCCUUGCCAACAGUCAUACAGUUUCUGCAAACUGAGAACGCUCGCUUUGAGCGCGAUCGAAACUACUGGGAGCUCGAAAAGGCAGAGAUGAAAUCGCACAUUGCACGACUCGAAGGAGAGCGGAAGGGCAAUGAACGUAUCAAAGACUGGUACUUACGUCGUCUCCGCAUGCUAGAGCUGUCGCUUCAGCAGGAACGCUUUAAAAAUGAUCCAACAGCCCAAUUCAAUGAAUCAUCAGUCUUGGAUGAUGCAAAGCAAGAGAUUGGUGUCCAAAUCAGCAGGACGACCCCGCGCAGCAAGCUUGAGCAUACAGAAUCAUAUCUCGAAACAGUCAGAGAAUCUCAAGACAGCCUACGGGACGCUUCGGGCCGUGAUCGAUCUAGGAAAUACCUGGAAAAAUGCCUUUCUGAAAUCACAUACUUGACAGCAAGUCUAGACAUGCCGCAGGAGGCUGCUGCAGCGACAUCACAAAAGCCUGGCGCAUCAAACAGCUCGAAUCGCUCCGAUAUGGAUGUCAUGGCAGAUCAGUUGCCCAUACGUGUGCCGUCACCGGCAGCUGAUGAUCCUCACAAGGCACAGAGGGCACGCGAACACGAUUCCGCAGACCACAACUUUGCAACUCGCAGCUCUGAACCCCUUCUGGCUGACGAAGACGAACUCGAGCCUGACGUUCGCGUCAGUCAUAUCUUUGAUGCAAAUGGCAACCUACAAGCGGAGUCGCAAGUCGUGAUGCAAAAUUGGGACACUAAAGAUGAAGCAAGACACACCAACCACGAUGAACCGCUGCGGUUACACGGCCGUUUACGUGGACAUUUGGAUAGGAUCAAUGCCAUCAUCUCCAUACGACUUGCUGACUCUUGGCUUGUGACUGCCAGCACAGACGCGACAAUCAGGAUUUACCGAUUGUCUCAGGAAGAACCUGGUGUGAUACUGAGAGCGCAUACUAACGCUGUCCUCUGCCUAGUCGAAGACACUGAUAGAACCACACCAACACAGCUGUGCUUCUUUAGCGCUGGAGAGGAUGGGACGGUGCGACACUGGUCUAUCCCGCUCGAUAUCCUUGCCCAGCAUCCUGAGUUCCAGCCCGACUUGCUGCCAGAUCUGAUUCUGCAAGGACAUACUGCUGCAAUAUGCCAUCUGGCAUUCGAUGGGGAUCGCCUGUACUCAUCAUCAAAUGAUGGCACUAUAUGUGUUUGGUCACCAUGGUCUGAAGCUCCCCGGCUAUUCAAUCUUCAAUCCGAUUCGAUUCAGAACGUUCUGCCCAUCUCUCUCAGUACGCUUGGCGACCCCAUUGAGGACCAGGUUGCUGUGCAAUACAAUAAUGGAACCGUCGUGCUCUUCCGGCGAUCUGAUGGGAUGGUCGUCCGCCAACUUUGCGACGAACAAGCUUCUCAGCUUCCAAUUUCUCUCAAGAUGAUUUACUUGGGAACCGGCCACUUGCUGGUGUCGCCCGACGGCCUCAAUCUUUCAUCGUUUGACCUUGUUUCGGAUGCGGGAAAAUUUGCGACGAGCACAUCGAUCGCUCGCUCGGAAGAUCACUUGUCCUGCUUUGCCAACAGUCUCACGGACAAUAGUCUCGUGACUGCUUACACUAACGGUAGCUUGCGCAUUUGGGAUUGCACUUCGUGGCAAUGCAUGCAGGAGCUGACUUGUGACGAAGAUGCCGGGGAACCUUGUUGCGCUACUUGGGCUCACGAUGAUAGUGGGUCAGAAUCCCUUGUCAUUGGCUCACAGAAAGGCACGAUAUCAGUUUUUUCUGGUUAAUCUACAGAAAAGAAGAGUAGGAUAGAGGGCAAUAUGCCACCACGCAAGUGUCGUGUGGUGGAGUUGUCGAAUCAACAAUUGACAGAUACGCCAGAAGAAGAUUACAUGCGAUGCUGUGAAUACAGCGAUACUCGAGGCACGUCGAAGGUCGAGAAGCCAGCCAGUUGCUGGUACCUUCCUUCACUUCGAUUACGGGCCGCAGCACAGGUAUUUGCGAGCAUGAGGUGUCGUUGCUGCCUGACGGAUUAGCUCUGUAUUUCUUUUCAUAGCAAGUGCGAUAGGCGCGCGCCAGCUUCUUGCUAGCAUCUCCGGCUUUGGUCAGUUACAGUACCAGCGUUCCGAUAGAGCCCUUGUCUAGCGGAUACACAUUAGAGUCAGGCCGCGCAAACAAGUCGUGCAGAGCUGGUAAUUCCAGGGUCUCGAGCUCUUCGUCAAAGGGCCUCGACAGCUCCCGCAGAUCGCCU